AUGGCCAAGACGGAGAAGCGCAGCCUGGACGACUUCUUUGCCAAGAGGGACAAGAAGAAGAAGGAGCAGAGCGGCCGGGCGGCCAGGAAGGAUGAAGAUGAGUGGAAAGAAUUUGAGCAGAAAAAGGAGGAUUAUAGUGGCCUUGGGGUUCAGGCGAUGCAAAUAAGUGAAAAGGAAGAAGAAGAUAAUGAAAAAAGAGAAGAUCCAAGUGACAAUUGGGAAGAAGGAGGAGGUUGUGGUGGUAAAAAAGAAAAAUUUUCAGGUCCCUGGAAUAAAACAGCUCCGGUACAAGCACCUCCUACUCCAGUAGUUGUUACAGAGACCCGGGAACCGGCAAUGACUAGUGGUGUGUAUAGGCCUCAUGGGGCCAGGUUAACUACAAGGAAAGCGCCACAAAGACCACCAGAAAUAUACAGCGACACACAGUUCCCAUCCCUCCAGGCCACUGCCAAGCAUGUAGAAAGCCAGGACAGAAGGGCUAAAGAAAUGGAGAAGAGCUUUGAAGUAGUAAGGUACAAAAAUAGAGGUAGGGUUGAGGCUUCAAAAAACCAGGCCCUUAAACUUCAGCCAGACAACCAAUAUGCUGUGCUUGAAAAUCAGAAAAGCAGCCACACACGGUACAAUUAA